AGUAAAAAUUAAUAAUUUGUGUUAGACUGACAAGUGAGAAAUGGAAGAAGGAAAGAGAAAAGGCAAGGCCGUGGUGGUAGGGGGAAGCAUAGCAGGGAUAUCCUGCGCGCACGCGCUCAUCGGAGCUGGCUGGGAAGUGGUGGUGCUGGAGAAAACCUCCGCGCUGCCAACCGGCAGUCCCACCGGCGCCGGACUCGGACUCGACCCUUUGGCCCGGAAACUCAUCGAGUCUUGGCUCCCUCAGCCCGACCUUCUUCAUCAGUCCACCCUGCCACUCACAAUCCACGAAGUUUCAAUUUGGAUGACUUUAUUCUUCAGGAUAUUAGAUCACAAGGCAACAGAUGCAGAAAAGAAAAUCAGCUGGAAAUUAACAAGGGAUGAAGAUUUCAACUUUAGAGCAGCUUAUUGGGCUGAUCUCUAUACCCUUCUGUAUAAUGCUCUGCCCCAAAGUAUUGUAUUCUGGGCUCAUUCAUUUCUUUCCUUUUCUUUAUCUGAUGACAAAUCUCGUGUCACUGUCAAAACGAAGGUCCUUACUACUGGGGACACGAUCUCCAUUGUUGGCGAUUUGCUUGUUGCUGCUGACGGCUGUUUAUCUUCAAUCAGGCAAAGUUUCCUUCCUGACUUCAAACUAAGGUAUUCGGGUAAUUGUGCAUGGAGAGGGGUUCUUGAUUUUUCAAAUAAUGAGAAUUCAGAAGCCAUAAUUGGCAUAAAGGCAGCAUAUCCAGAUCUUGGUAGGUGCCUUUACUUUCACCUGGGAUCAAGAACUCAUAGUGCGCUUUAUGAGCUAUUGAACAAAAGGAUAAACUGGAUUUGGUACAUUAAUCAUCCUGAACCAGAACUUAAGGGAACUUCAGUUACUAUGAAAGUAAGCAAUGAAAUGGUCAAGAAAAUGCACGAAUUAGCAGAGAAGGUUUGGCCUCGUGAGUUCGCGAGGUUGAUAAGAGAAACAAAGGAUCCAUUUAUAAACGUAAUAUACGAUGCUGAUCCCUUGGAGAAACUUUGUUGGGAUAAUGUGGUGUUGGUUGGGGAUGCAGCUCAUCCCACGACUCCCCACGGGCUGAGAAGUACAAACAUGUCAGUUUUGGAUGCUGCGGUUUUAGGUAAAUGCCUCGAGAAGUGGGGAUUGGAGAAUCUAACUUCUGCGCUCGAAGAGUAUCAGUGUGUUCGGUUGCCAGUUGCAUCAGAGCAAGUUCUACAUUCAAGACGACUAGGCCGCAUCAAACAAGGUUUGCCCUUACCUGAUCGCCAUGCUUUUGAUCCAAAAAAUGCUACUGCAGAUGAAUGUGAAGAGCUUCAGCUGAAGAAAAUUCCUUAUUUUAGUGAUGCACCUUCACUAUUGUCGAUAUGAGGUAGCCUCGAACAUUAUUUUUGUAUAUUUAAUGUACAUUAUUUGAUAGUAUGGUUCAUACAGCUGUGUGGACAA